GGUUAAGGAGAGUUUUGUCAGGACAGAAAGACAUUACAUGUGCUUGCUCACUUGUGUGCGAGGGAUUUGGAGGGCUUAACGGGGAGUAACAAGUGCCUACACUGAAUAUUGUCAGUGUCAUUAGUCUACUUAUGGACUACAGAGGCACCAUGUGCUUAGCGGAGCCUGUGAGAGGAAACUGAAGCAAGGCAAAGAUGUGAGUUUUCUGUUUGUUUGCGAAACCAACACAUUCAGCCUCAGUGACCUGAUACUUGAAUGAUUCAACACUUUGCUCCUCUGCAUGUAAAACAUAAACAUACAGAAUCUGCCUUUUCUCAGUUGAUAUUAGGAAGUUUUAGAUUUUUAUUUUUUCCACUAAGAACGACCACAUAGUCUCCAGAGGCGCGGAUGCAUUUGUCAAUGGAUACUCUAGGAAUAGUGGAUGAAAGCUGCCUUGACAACUAUGACAUGGCCAAAGGCUCCGGGUCAAGUGGCGGCGGCAGAGUCCACAGUAUCGACGUCAUACUGGGAUUCACUAAGGACCAGGACUCGUUGCUGCACUCGAUAGGAGACGAGGCCGGUCACAAAGUCAGCGAGCAGAACCCCCAGGGCGCCGAGAAGCACGUCCCGUCAGACCCCUAUGGGCACCUUCCAGAUCUGGGCGACAGCUCCCAGCAUUCGUCCUACCACGACUCCGACCUCUUCUCCGGUGACAAGUGUGACGGAGAAAUAAGUGACCUGCAAAAGGACCUCAACACUGGUGAGGUCUCUCCAGACGCCAUGAAGGACGAGGAGCACACGAAAAAGAAGCACCGACGCAACCGCACCACCUUCACCACCUAUCAGCUUCACGAGCUGGAGCGGGCCUUCGAGAAGUCCCACUACCCGGACGUCUACAGCCGCGAGGAGCUGGCCAUGAAGGUCAACCUGCCUGAGGUCCGGGUUCAGGUGUGGUUCCAGAACCGAAGGGCAAAGUGGAGACGCCAGGAGAAGAUGGACACCAGCACCAUGAAGCUCCACGACUCGCCCAUGCUGUCCUUCAACCGCCCGCCCAUGCCGCCCAGCGUGGGGCCCGUGGCCAACCCCAUGCCCCUGGACCCCUGGCUGACCUCGCCCAUCUCCAGCGCCACGCCCAUGCACAGCAUCCCCGGGUUCAUGGGCUCGCCGCAGGGCCUGCAGCCCGCCUACCCGGGCCACAGCUUCCUCAGCGCCGCACCCGGCAUGGUGCAGGUGCAGGGCAUGCAGCCCAUGGGCCCAACUCCCUACCAGUGCCCGCCCAGCUUCAACGACAAGUACCCCAUGGAGGACGACCGGAGCUCCAGCAUCGCCGCGCUCAGGAUGAAGGCCAAAGAGCACAUUCAAUCCAUGGACAAAACCUGGCAGCACAUGUAACUGGAGCCGCCGCGGACGGGCUGAUGACCCGGACAUGUUUACAAACCGCUCGCUGCCGCGUGCAUCAGCGAGGAGUUCGCGUGACACAAGAGGAAUUUGAAAUGAUACAAUUUUUUUUUCUAACAGUGCGAUUUAUUUUGAAGGAACAUUUUUUUAUUGCCCCGUGGAAGAUGGAGCAACCGUCCUUCAAAAUGGUCGGGAGCAGCGUCGACGUGAAUGUAAUGAUUUUGUAUUUUCUAUCCAACCAUCAGCCACAGCAGAACCGCCUGCUAGUUCGAGCUGUGAGGAACCACCAUGUGAAACAUUUACUGCUGGCCGUGAUCCACAGGUGUCAGAACCGUCACGCGUUGAACGCGGCUACUGACCCGGUCCACCACCAUGCUAACAUCGCUAACGUUGUAGCUAAGCUAGUACACUGUAUGUGAGGGCGUCAGUGUAGCAGUGGAAAUAUUAAAAUUUAUACAAAUGCGAAACUGAGAAAAUCAUGAAAUAUUUGCUCAAAUGCUGUCUUAUCAUUUUCUUUCAACUCAUUCUGCUUGACUGUGGAGGUGUUUUAGCUCUUGCUGUUGCUAUUUUGGGGUAAAAUCUGAAACUACCAUUAAUUUGACAGGGUGCUUUUUAUUUAGAUCAUUAAAAUUGGCCUUUUGGGCAGCGUUGAGUCCUGGUGGGGGAGGUCAUCGGAAGUCACAGAGAGUAAUCUGGCUCAGAGGCUAAUUUAAACAGACAAGCAUACCUCUUAACACCUAAUUACUGAUUUUAAAGCGAUUAACCUCAGAUUCUCAGCCACAGACAGAAUGCCCUCAGAUGCCCCUGAAACCCCUGAUUAACUCUGCCCCUCCCCACAAACCUCCCCAUUUAAAUGAUUUGUAAUUUACAAAUGCAGAUCUGUACAGUUUAAUGGUGGCCGCUCUUCAUUAAUCUUCAUCCUAUCUUGUAAUGGCUGCCUCUAAUGGCGCUGUUGACACAAUAUUCACUUAAGUCAGGCGGACUUAGCGCGGGGAAAGUUAACGGCCUCUGGCAGCUUCUCUUGCUGCUUGAAAAUAGCCGUUUUAUGUAACGGCUGGAUCAUAGAGAGGAGGUGACGUAGCGGCGGGUCAUGAGGUCGCGCUGAUGGAGGAGACGUUCGUAACGCAUGUGCAUUCGAUAUGUUUGUAAUGAAAUGAGGAGGGGGCUGAAAGGACGGGGUCACGUUUGACUAACAUGAUUCUGUGGCUCUGAAAAAUAUAUUUCUCUGUUUUGUAGGAACUCUGCUUUAAUUCUACUUUUACAAGGAGAUGACUAAUAUUUUGGUCACUAUAUUUAAUAUGAAUAAACCAUAUUAUUAUAUAUUGUGCUGCAAUAAAACUGAGUUGCUGUGUUGGACUGAAGUAGAGUGUAUGGGUGUAAUGAUGCAUAAGGAAGUGGGAUCAAGAGGCCUUUAGAAACUGCAGCAUUCAUAGUAUUGUUACCAAGCGUCAACUAAGAAGCCAAAGACAUAAACAGGUUGUUUUACUCAAAUAAAACAUUUAU